UGGGUGCUCGUUGUUGAAGAAAGAUGGAGAAAUUAUACGAUAAUGUGAAAACUGCUAUACUCACCUUUAAAUUGGACACUUGUUGCUGUUUCGCGCCGAUACGGACUGGUGUCUUAAUAACUGGUUAUUUUAACAUAUUUAUAUCGAUGUUAUCUCUAGUGGGUACCGCGGACGGGGGCAUCACGCCGCCGCUGAUGGCGGUACAGGAGGUAAUCCUGGACGAUGAGGGAUCCAAGGUGAUCGGCACGCUGGCAUACGGCACAGAGCUCGCCUUCAACAUGCUGCUUUUGUGUGCUAUCUAUCGGAAAGACAUAGUUCUACUGCGGACUUAUAUGUACUUUGGCAUGGCGGCGAUUGUCGCCUCUGUACUCGUCUACUCUAUGGUCAUCGCCGCCGUUACUCUUCUCACAAAGAUCAAUAUUAUUGUAAAUUUUGUAUUCCAGUGUUAUGUCAUACUUCUCGUCAGAAGUGCUAUAGUUGACAUCAAAGAGGAACUCAGCGAGCAGAAUGGACACAUAACUUUAUAUUCUGUGACAAAAAUGACACCAGAGACCACUAUCAUAAAAGACAUUGAAACUCCUCAAGAACCGGACUCUGAUGUCACAGAAGAUGACAAGAACGAAGAGAAGAUCAAGCUUGAAACAGUCAAUGAGAAUUCGAAAGAAGAACACGUACAGAGUGUAAAAUAAUUUAACAUGUUAUCUUUUCAAAGCCUUCCCAUUUCUAGAGUAAAACGAGUAAAUAAUAA